AUGCUGCAGGUGAGGCGAAAUGGCGAGUGGCUGAUGGGCUCGAUCUCGCAGAUCGAGCAUCGCCGGCUGCGCAUACAGUACCAAGUGCCGGGGAAGAGCGGCAUGGCCAUCAAGUGGAUGGAUGCGGAUUCAAGCGACGUUCAACGGUUUGCCGCAGCUGCGGCCCCGCCGCCGCGGGAGCACCCCGGCGGCGACGCUCCGUUCGGGCAGCAGCCCCCAGAUCCGUGGGGCGGCUCCAGAGGCGCGGCCCCCGCAGGGGCACCACAGCCAGCCGCCCAAGGGCCCGCAGGCGGCGGAGCGAGAUGGCCCCAGAAGGGCAGCUGGACGCCCUGGUCCUGA